AUGGCAGCGACCCACUCGGACAAAGCCCCCGACCAAGCAGAGCCUCGAUACGAUCGCGAGAGCGAAUUGAAAGCCUUCGACACCUCAAGGACUGGCGUGAAAGACCUCGUCGGCUCCAGAGUCUCCAAGCUCCCUUAUCGCCCAACCGCUCUGAUCUUCAGCAUUCUGAUCGGGGACUUGCAAGGAGUUCAUGAAGAUUCCAGCAAGCGCAAGGAGAUGGUCUGCAGAGUUUGCCAGGCGUGCGAGGAUUGGGGUUUCUUCCAGGUGGUGAAUCACGUGAUCGGAGAUGGCAUCCUGAGCGGAAUCAUCGACGGCGAGAGGAGGUUUCACAAGCAGGAGAGCGAGGUGAAGAAGGAGUUGUGA